ACUUGAGUUCCAAAUUUUGAACAAAGUAUCACAUAAGCACAUAAAACGAGGAAGAAGAUGCCUUGCCUUUACAUCACCACCAACAUUAACUUAGAUGGAGUUAACACUGAUCCCCUCUUUUCUGAAGCCACUACUGCUGUCUCCACAAUAAUCGGCAAACCUGAAAAGUUUGUGAUGGUCAUAUUGAAGUCUCCAGUGCCAAUAUCAUUUGAGGGUAACAAAGAACCAGCUGCAUAUGCAGAGAUAGUUUCAAUGGGUGGCAUAAAUAAAGAAGUGAAGAGGAAGCUAAUUGCUACUAUUGGUACCAUAUUGCAGUCCAACCUGUCUAUCCCAAGAACACGAUUUUUUCUCAAAGUCUUUGAUGUAACAGCAUUUCCUACCAACUCCAAAUUGUAAUGCUUUCAGUUCAGAUUCUCAUAAGCCACAAGAUUUUGCUUGAAUAAUCUAUUUGGAUUUUUAACGUGUGUAUUGCUAUUAAUAUUCUCAUAUAUAUGUUACAUUUCUACUUGA